GCUGUUCUCCGGGCACUCCUACCCCAUCUUCCUGGCGGGGCUUAGAUGCUCCUGCCUCUUCCACCAGCAACUCUUCCCCUGCAUGCUCCAGGGAGGAUGGAGGCCUCCGGGCACCCCCAGGCCAGGAGAUGCUGCCCAGAGGCCCUGGGAAAGCUCUUUCCUGGCUUCUGCUUCCUCUGCUUUCUGGUGACCUACGCCCUGGUGGGUGCUGUGCUCUUCUCUGCCAUUGAGGAUGGCCAGGUCCUGGUGGCAGCAGAUGAUGGAGAAUUUGAGAAGUUCUUGGAGGAGCUCUGCAGAAUCUUGAACUGCAGUGAAACGGUGGUGGAAGAUAGGAAACAGGAUCUCCAGGGGCAUCUGCAGAAGGUGAAGCCUCAGUGGUUUAACAGGACCACAAACUGGUCCUUCCUGAGCUCGCUCUUUUUCUGCUGCACAGUGUUCAGCACCGUGGGCUAUGGCUACAUCUACCCUGUCACCAGGCUUGGCAAGUACUUGUGCAUGCUCUAUGCUCUCUUUGGUAUCCCCCUGAUGUUCCUCGUUCUCACGGACACAGGUGACAUCCUGGCAACCAUCUUAUCCACAUCUUAUAAUCGGUUCCGAAAAUUCCCUUUCUUUACCCGCCCCCUCUCCAAGUGGUGCCCCAAAUCUCUCUUCAAGAAAAAACCAGAACCCAAGCCCGCAGAUGAAGCUGUCCCUCAGAUCAUCAUCGGUGCUGAAGAGCUUCCAGGCCCCAAACUUGGCAAAUGUCCUUCACGCCCAAGCUGCAGCAUGGAGCUGUUUGAGAGAUCUCAUGCGCGAGAGAAACAGAACACACUGCAACUUCCCCCACAAGCCAUGGAGAGGAGUAACUCGUGUCCUGAACUGGUGUUGGGGAGACUCUCAUACUCCAUCAUCAGCAACCUGGAUGAAGUUGGACAGCAGGUGGAGAGGCUGGACAUCCCUCUCCCUAUCAUUGCCUUUAUUGUUUUUGCCUACAUUUCCUGUGCAGCCGCCAUCCUCCCCUUCUGGGAGACACAGUUGGAUUUUGAGAAUGCCUUCUAUUUCUGCUUUGUCACGCUGACCACCAUUGGGUUUGGGGAUACUGUUUUAGAACACCCUAACUUCUUCCUGUUCUUCUCCAUUUAUAUCAUCAUUGGAAUGGAGAUUGUGUUCAUUGCUUUCAAGUUGGUGCAAAACAGGCUGAUUGACAUAUACAAAAAUGUUAUGCUAUUCUUUGCAAAAGGGAAGUUUUACCACCUUGUUAAAAAGUGAAGGGUUCAUUAUCUCUCAGAUGACAGACACUGGCUGAGCUGGUUUUCUUGUGUUGUCUUUCAGGGUCAUGUAGCCUGUCACCUGAGACCCUGAGUCUUGGAGGCAAAUCCCUUAUGAGAGCCGAGUUCACUCUUGAGGCCCUGCAGAAAUUUGGCCAAUGCCCUUUGUGUCAGGGCAUUAGGAAAAAAACUAUCACCAUUCCCCAAAGUCCAAUUAAUGUAUCUGUCCUCCUUUUUUAAAUGCACCACCUCACGUAGAUGAAGCAACCUUAUGGAUGCCACUGCUUUUCUUGAAAUAUGAGAAACAAAACACCUUUAUUCUUGGAAGUUGUACUUUCAGUUAAAUUAAAAUCUUCCUGAGCUGUUCUUUGUUACCCAAAAAAGAACUAGUGUGAACAUCCUCUUUUCUUGAAUGACUGCAUGAGUGCAUGUAAGACCAGCCCAAUCCCAGCCCCUGUAAAAUACACAGAUGUUGGGUGUCACCAAAAUGGUAAAGUAGAAGCAAUCUGGCUUCACUGCCCCCCAUAGAAAACCAACAACAACGAUCUAGUGCCAAGAUGAUAAACACCAAUAUCCCAGAACUCAAAACUGAGGCUUUGACAAAUCCUGGGGCCACAGAAAAGUGAAAAACUGUGAGCAGAAGGUAGUGAAAUGGACUCCUCUGUAACAUCCCUUCCCCAAACCGUAAGUCACCAUGCAGAAAAGUUCCCUGGACAUUUCUACACUGGAAAAAGUAAGAUCAAGGCAGCCAGCCAACUUCAUCAUCUUGACUACCUACUCAGGAAAGUAUUCCUGCCUCAACCCACAGGAAGAAUCAUGAAUACCUGUAGGGUGAGGGACCCCUGAAAGCCUCUGGAGUCACAUAGACAGUGGAGGUGGGGCUAGCAGCCUAGUGCGUGAAACUCUGGGGCUACUAUUCAUCUCAGACAAAUAAGACCCUGAAUCAGAGAGGUGGUUCAAGCAGCAUCACAUUGUAAGAGGCACUCUCCACAGGCCCUCUGGUCAUGAACCCCUAGCCAGCCUCCCCACACAGCUGUAGAAUCCCCUUUGAUGCCCUUUAUCUGUGAAAAGGCAGAGCUUUGAACUUUUGCAAGAGUCAUGACAAACCUGGGCGUAGGGUGCUAUUUAGUGCUGAAAAGGAGGCAGUGAUCUAGAGCUAAAGGAAUCAGUAGACAAAGUGCACAGAACAUCUAAACACACAUAUGCUAAAGAGACAAAACUAACCCAGGCAGCAAAGACUGGAAUAAAUAAUCUUCAAUGUGAAGACAUAUGUGUACAUGCAUAAGAAACUGCUAACAUCAGGAACCAUGACUUCUUCAAAUGGACAAAGCAAGGAGCCAGUGAGUAAUUGACCCAAACAAGAUGGCAAUCUGUGAGCUCACGAAUCAGGAAUUCAAAAUAGCAGUCUUGAGGAAACUCAGCAAACUCCAAGGUAACACAGAAAAGCAAUUCAGAAACUUAUCAGAGGAAUUUAACAAAGAGAUUAAAAUAAUUUUAAAAAUAUCAAACAAAAAUCUUGGAACUGAGAAGUACAUUAGCUGAACUAAAAAACACAUCACAAGGUCUCAACAACAGAACAGACCAAGCAGAAGAAAUAAUUAAUGAACUCAAAGACAGGCUAUUUGAAAAUACACAGUCAGAGGAGAGAAAA